GUCUGUCAUUCAUGUUGUUAUGAUGAGUGACAUCGAUUGAAAAGAAACAGAGGGGGCUCAUGUUAUCUUCGCGUGUUAUCAAUCUAGAGUCUUUGUACUUCUCCAACGCGAACAAGUGAAAUGGCGAGGCGAUUCCUGUCUGCCCCAAAUCCGUGUACGUCUGUCAAAUUCGGCGAGGCUUCUUUCGAGCUAUUAUCGGAUUUUCUAAUAAAUAUCAACGAUGAAAAUAAAGACAACCUUUGCGGUUUAACAAAAUGCAGCGGCCAGUUCAAAGACAAAAAAGUGAUGGAAUGCAUCUUCCUCAUAACUGAAAAGUUGAGACUUGAUCCGCUGGUUGGAUAUAAUGCUAUUGAAAUUCUGGAAAGGUUCAUGGUAAAGCACCUUCAAGAUCUGUUUACCACACCCACACUUCAAGAUGCAGCUGCUGGUCGACCGAGUUGUUAUGAGGAUCUUGUUUUUGACAAACUGAAGGAGAAAUUCCCUCUGAUUGUCUUCUCCUCUGUACAGCUAGCUAGCAAACUCUCAUUGCACCGUUAUGCAAUUGACAACAACACUGCUGUGCAGUUUCUUCACUCGAUGGGCCUCAGUGUUUCUAAGCAGAUUCUCAUGGAAUCGGAGCUCAUGAUCUUGAAAGGGCUCGAAUUCAGACUUAAUACCCUUAAUCCUUUGACGUAUGUGGAAACCCUUCUGGAAGUGCUUGGGCACAAUGAGUCAUCAGUCCCUGUGGACCAACUACAGCCCUUGUAUUACCAUAUUCUCCAGUUCAUUUUCCUGCAGAAGACUGACAUUUAUGAAUCCCUGUUAAUGGCAACCACUCAGUGUCUCAACCCAUCACAACAGCAGAGGGAGAAGUUUUUGACUGUAAAGGAAGACUAUAUGCUUCUUGCUGUUGGGGUCAUCGCCAUUGCAAUAUACAUUUUUGAUGUCAGCAAAUGGGAACAGGUGGUAGAGGAACUGAACCACAUAACAGGGGUCUCAUGCAGGAGCAUCAGGGAUUUUACUCAUGUGACGUUGUUGCACAUUACCAGGACCUUACCCCAGUAACGUCGACUUGAGUCUCGACAAAAUUCUUCGAAUGAAAAUCCCCGAAAAAAAAGUUUGUGGUUUUAACGGUGACGUUUAUUUUCCACUGUAGGUUUUACUGAAUGGUUAUAAUAAUUUUAUUUUCCUGAAUAGGGCAGUUGAGCACUUUGAACUAGUGGCCAUAUAUUCUCAGUUGGUUUUCAUAUCUGUUAUUAUCAACUUUACAAUUGCCGUCAUUUAAAGGACCUUUCAUUAAAAAGA